AUGGACAUGGAGGCGCUCCUCUGGCGUCUCUUGGCUGUCGACAACGCCGCGCGCAACGCUGCGGAAGCGCAGUUCCGUGUUUUGAAGCAGAGCGGAUGCAGCGACGAGCUCUUGCUCGGCCUCGUGCAUGUAAUUCACUCCACUAGCCGCGACGACGUCCGCGCCCUCGCGGCUGUGCUCUUGCGCCGCGUGUUGCUGCGCGACGCCGUGUCGCUCUGGCCACGUGCAUCGGCGGACGCUCGUCGUGCGGUAAAGCACGAACUCGUGGCCGUGCUCGAAGCUGGUGAGACGAACCGCACGAUCCGACGCAAAGUGUGCGACACGGUGGGCGAGCUGGCCAACAGCCUGCUCGAGGACGGCCAAUGGGACGAGUUGCUGGUCAAGGUGCUGCAAUGGAGCACGUCUCCCGUGCUGUCGCUGCGGGAAGCUUCGUUGCGUGUACUGGAGAUGGUCGCGAUGUUUCUCGCAGCUCAAAUGACAAGAGACGAGAAGCGCGAGUGGAAUUUGAAGGUGCUCGAGACGUUCCUGGCAGGUCUCAAAGAUCGACAAGGACGUGUAGCGCUUAAUGCGCUGCGUGCUUUGGGCAUGUUGUUGCUGCAUGUGGAUGCACUGGAGCACCUGGCAAUGCCGAGUGUGCUGGUCACUGCUGCCCCGCUUGUACUUGCUGCUUUGCACUCGUUGCUAGCUACGAGGCAGUACGAUCAUGUGAUGGAAGCACUGGAGAUGCUGAUUGAAGUGGCGGAACCGCAUGCAGCUUUUUUCAAGCUGACUUUGCUCGAGUUUGUCGAGACGAUGGUACAGAUUGCUGAUGCCCCGCGAGAGAUGAACAGCGAUAGUGAGGCCAUGCCGGAUGGAUGCAGACAAUUGGCCAUGGAAUUUCUGGUCUCGCUGGCAGAACAAGCGCCGUCGAGAUGUCGACGAUUACCGAAGAAUAUGUUUGUCGAGACGGUGUACCCAGUGGCGUUCAAGAUGAUGCUGGAACUGCAGGACAUUGAUACGUGGGAUGUCGCGGACUGCGAGGAUGAACAGUCGGCUGGUGGACAGGGCAUCGACCACGAUAUCUCCAAUUUUGACGUGGGCUCAGAGGCUUUGGAGCGAUUGGUUGGGGCACUAGGUGCUAAACGCUCGCUUCCUACGUGUUUCAAGCUCAUUCAGGCGUAUGCUGCUUGUUCGGACAACUGGGUGAGUCGUCAUGCAGCCUUAGUCGGUCUUUGCCAGAUUCUCAACGUUCUUGACGAGGAGAAUCUAGACGCGAUUGUGCGGCAUCUGCUGGCUCAAGUCAACGAUCCACACCCGCGAGUGUGCUGCACAGCCGUUGAUGUCAUCGGUCAACUAUCUGUUGAUCAAGCCCCGCAAUUUCAAGAGGCUUACCAUGCACAGGCGCUUACUGUGCUAGCACACUACCUCGAAGAUUUUACUAAACCGCGUCUCCAGGCUCACGCAGCUACUGCUUUGCGCCAGUUUAUCGAUAUGUGUCCACCUGAGCUGCUCACGCCAUACCUCGACAAGAUGCUUCACCAGUUGUUUGCCUUGCUGCAGCGUGGCCAUGCGGUGACAGCAGGUGCAAUCCAAACACCUGCACAAGCUUAUGUUGCCACUCGCGUUGUCCAAGAGCAGGCCAUCACUGCCAUUUCGUCAGUCGCCAUGGUGGCAGGCGCGUCUUUCACCAAGUACUAUCCAGCAAUCAUGCCUCCUCUCCAGCAAAUUCUCAUGAAGUGUCUCCAAGAGAGUGUCCAAGUGGCGUCAACGUCACCAGUAGUGCAAAAGUCGCAGGCAGCCGCACCGAGCUCAUUUACGCUCGGUGGGAUCACGCUCGAGUGCUUGAGCCUUAUAGGUCAGGCUGUGGGCAAGGAGGUGUUCUCACGCGACGCUCGUGCUAUUCUCAAGGUGAUGGCAGAAAUGCAGGCAACGCCAUCAAUCGUCGGCAAUGAAUUGAUUCGCACAUACUUGUUGCAGGCCUGGGCUCGUUGCUGCACCUGUCUCGGCCACGAUUUCGCGCCGUACUUGCCACUCGUGAUGCCUACGCUGCUUGAGGCUGCAAUUCAGCAGGCUGAGUUUGAAGUAGAUCCUUCUACGUUGUCCCGUGACGAUGACGAUGAUGACGAUGAUGAUGAGAGUGGGGACUCGACGGACAACGAGGACAUUCAGCUCGCGCAAGUGAACGACAAAUGCCUGAGCAUCCGAACGUCGAUUCUCGAGGAGAAAGCUACGGCCUGCCAGCUACUAGCUGGUAUGGUCUUGGAUCUGAAAGACGCUUUUUUCCCGUACGCAGAGCAGGUGACCCAGGUGUUUGCCCCGUUGUUGACGGAGUCGGUGCACUCUGACAUCCGUGCCUCAGCGAUUCGCUCCAUGCCUGCUCUCGUCAAUUGCGUCGCCGUUUCUACCGCAGCACCUGGUUUCAAGGACCACAGCGGAGUAGCUAUCAAGCAAAUGGUGGACUUUGCGCUCGGCCGGCUGGUAAACGCGCUGACCUCCGAGCCCGAAGUUGAGCUGGUUGUGAUAAUUUUGCAAAGUAUGACGAGCUGCCUCGUGUGUGCGCGGGAGCUGCAUCCGACUCUAGAGUUGAAUGAUGCCCAGUUGCGAGAACUCGUGCACGGUUUCCUCGUGGUUCUAGGCGACAGCUUCCAGCGUCGUGCGAUUCGCAGAGUUGGAAGCGGUAGCGAUGACAUGGAAAGUGGCGAGGUUGAUGAUGAUGAUGUUGAGGAGGAGGAAGAGAAUGCUUUGCAAGCUAGUGAAAGCCAACUGGCGGAACAGGAGCUUCAGUUUGUCCUAGCGGAGGGCAUUGGUACUCUUGCCAAGACUCAUGGAGCUGGAUUCUUUCCGGUAUUUAUGUCUCUCUUAUGGGAGAAAGUGGCAGCACUUGCAGCACCUGGAUGCCUCGUGGAAGACCGUCGACUUGCACUGUUUGUCGUGGAUGAUGUGCUGGAGCACUGUGGAGGUUCCGCGAUGCGUCACCUGGACGUCUUCUUGCCUGUCCUGGAAAACGCACUGCGCGAAGUGGGUGAGCCUGAUCUCGUGCAGGCAGCAGCGUUUGGCGUGGGUGUGUGUGCCUCGUUUGGUGGGGCAUUGUUUGCACCACAUGCGAAGCAGUGUCUACAGUUGCUUCACAACGUUGUGGCAUACCCAUCUGCUUUUAGUCCGGAGCAGCGCAACGCGACCGACAAUGCUGUAGCUGCGCUGGGCAAAUUCUGUGAAUUCCAAGCAGAUGCUAUUGAUGCUGCGACUUUGUUCCCGCAGUGGUUGGAACUGCUUCCUCUUCGUGGAGAUUUGGAAGAGUCUUUUGCGGUGUUGCGUCGUUUGUGUCGCUACGUGACCGACCGACAUCCUCUUGUACUGGGUGCACCGGACUAUCGGCAUCUUGGAAAGAUUGUCACUGUGUUAUCGGCUGUUGCUCAGGAGAAUUUUUUGCGGAAGAUGCGCAAGGCCGUUGGUGAGAAAGAGACUUCCGCACUUUGCCAGGAGCUUGCUUCAGUUCUAGCAGGCCUUCGUUCGACGGUGCCUGUGCCGAUUAUGGAUCGGGCAUGGUCUUCGCUUAUUCCUUCGCAGCGAGUAGCCUUGCACGCGCUUUUUGCGUGA